CCCUCACCUUUCUCUCCCGUCCCUUCUUCUGCCAUUGCGGCUGAAGAGAAGCUUGAGUGCGUGACCCAACAUCGACAUUAGCUAUGCAACCGCCUCUAUCACGGCCCGAGGGCGAUGCCAUUAGCCCCUCGGACGACUCCAAGAACCCUCAAGUCGAUUCCCUGCCGGCGAGAGAGUCAGAUCUCGAAAAGUCGGACAGCAUUUCGAACAAUGUACAGCCCGGCGUUCAAAACAUCGAGGCCGCGGCCUCCGUUUGGACCAAGUGGCAUCUGGUCGCGGCUUAUGGGAUAAUAUGGCUCAUCUACUUCGUCACCCUCGCUGCAGGAGCUGCGACGGGUAUUUUUGCGAGCAUUAUCGCCGGCCUGUCCAAGCUGCCCCUAGCUAAGGUCCUCGAUAUCUGGGGCCGGCCGCAGGGUAUGACUCUUAUGCUGGUUAUCUGGGUAAUCGGUUUCUGUAUGAUGGCAGCAUGCCAGAACGUCGAGACAUAUGCGGCCGCACAGGUCUUUUCUAUGGUCGGGUAUGGGGUGAGCUAUUGUUUGACCGUCUUCAUUGCCGACACGUCGAGCCUCAAGAAUCGAGGCCUGAUGCUCUCCUUCGCGACAUCGCCCUACAUCGUCACAACAUGGGCUGGUGGGCCCCUCUCCGAAGCUUUCAUGGGGGGCGCUGGUUGGAGAUGGGGGUUUGGUGUCUUUUCCAUCAUUACCCCUGUCGUGGUUGUGCCCCUUAUCGCAUUGUUCUUCUGGAACCAGCACCGGGCCGAGAAGAUGGGCGUCAUUUCGACCCAGAAACAGCGCAUUAGCGUUGCCUCGGUCAAGAAGUUCGUCAUCGAGUUUGACCUCUUCGGUAUAGUCCUGCUCGCGGCUGGCAUGGGCAUGUUUCUCACGCCCCUGAGCAUCUGGUCCUACCAGGAACAGCAGUGGCGGUCGCCGCUCAUCAUCUGUCUCAUCGUCUUCGGCGUCCUGCUCAUCGUCGCCUUUACGCUCUACGAAUGCUUCCUCGCCCCCGUCAACUUUGUCCCGAUGCGUUUGCUGGCCGACCGGAACGUGAUCCUCUCGGGCAUCGGGCUGGGCUUUGUCUUCUUUAACUCGGCCGUGUGGGGGGGCUACUUCAACUCUAUGCUCAUGGUAGUGUGGAACCGGACCAUCACCGAGGCAACCUACAUCUCCAACAUCUACCGGGUGGGAUCGUGUUUUUCGGCCCUGGUCAUCGGGUUCCUCAUCCGGUACACCAGACGCUUCAAAUGGGCGGCGCUGUACUUUUCCCUGCCGCUCAUGAUCCUGGGCGUUGGUCUCAUGAUUGAGUUCCGUCAUCCCGACUCCAACAUCGGAUACGUUAUCAUGACUCAGAUCUUUGUGGCCUUUGCGGGCGGGCCCAUUGUGAUUUGCGUCGAGCUGGCCAUGAUGUCCACGGUCGGUCACCAGCAGAUCGCCGCCAUCCUGGCCAUCCUGGACCUCUUCGGCAGCGUGGGUAAUGCCGUCGGGUCCACAGUCUCGGCAUCUAUCUGGACGGGCACGUUCCCGGCGGCCUUGCGCCGGCACCUCCCUGAAGAUGCGCCCAUCGAAACCAUCUACAGCAGUAUCUACCCGCAGCUCGGGUACGCCGUUGGCAGUCCGAUGCGGAGGGGUAUCUCAUUGGCAUACGCCGAUGCCCAGCGCUACAUGCUCAUCACGAGCGUGUGCCUUCUUGGUGGGGCGCUGGUGACAACCGUCUUCUGGAGGGAUGUCAAACUCGAAGACAAGCAGGUCAAGGGCCUUGUUGCAUAG